CCGCCAAGUUUUAUCCAAUCGUCACUCACCGUACAAAAUUUUAAACAGCUGAAACAAAACAUUUGAACAAGUUGAGAAGAAAACGACUUGCAAACAGGAGAACUACAGCGUUUUAUCUGCUGACAUGGAACAAAGAGUGUUGCAGCCCAGACAGAACAACUCACAGGCUGACCGUGCAACUGGAGAAGCCCAGAAACCACAAAUGGCUAUGGCAGAGGGUGGUAGAGAAAGGAAAAAGUGGUCACUUGAAGAUUUUGAUAUAGGCAAGCCUUUGGGGAAGGGGAAGUUUGGAAAUGUUUACUUGGCUAGAGAGAAGCAUAGUAAAUACAUAGUAGCUUUGAAGGUGUUAUUUAAGUCACAGUUACAGAAAUCUGGGGUAGAACAUCAACUAAGACGUGAAAUAGAAAUACAAUCACACUUGAGACAUGACAAUAUAUUACGUCUGUUUGGAUACUUUCAUGACAAAACUAGAGUUUAUUUGAUCUUGGAGUAUGCACCAAAAGGAGAACUGUACAAGGAGUUGACAAAACAGAAAAGAUUUGAUGAAAAAGUUACCGCUAAGUAUAUCUACCAGUUAGCCAAUGCGCUGAAAUACUGUCACAGUAAGAAAGUUAUACACAGGGAUAUCAAGCCAGAGAACCUGCUACUAGGACUUACCUCAGAUCUUAAGAUUGCCGACUUUGGGUGGUCUGUACACGCUCCAUCUUCAAGGAGAACAACUCUAUGUGGGACACUAGACUACCUUCCACCAGAGAUGAUUGAGGGGACUUACCACGAUGAAUGUGUCGACCUCUGGAGUCUGGGUGUACUCUGCUAUGAAUUGCUGGUCGGCAAACCGCCAUUUGAGACAGAGAGUAAUUCAGAAACUUACAGAAGAAUAACAAAAGUAGACAUAAGAUACCCAUCUUACGUCUCGCCUGGUGCUAGGGAUCUCAUUUCUAGUCUGUUAAAACACGACCCACGGCAGCGACUGUCUUUGGAGAAAACAAUGACACAUCCCUGGAUUUUAGAGAACUACACACCAAAAGAACAGUCUCGCUAACAGUGUUUGUAACACGGAAAUAGAAAACCGAGACUAAAAUGGACCACUGUGAUAAUUUGCAGGCAAUAAAGUAAGAGUCGUGAGUGUGAAAUAUCAACAGAAUAGAUUUGAUCACCGAGUUGCAUAAUUUAUCAAGAUGUAUUUAGUUUUACAGUGUUUCAGAUAUUUAAGUGUUUUGCAUAUAUAAUUUAAUAAAAUAUACAGAAAAAUACAGUACAAUGAAUUUAAUUUGUCAAAAUACAUUACAGAAUUUUUUAGUAUGAAGUUUUAAAUAACUUGUAUGACGAUUUUUUUAUUCAUUUCUGUAUUUUGUGUAUAUGAAUUGACACAUUAUCAAGGGUUGAACCACAUUCCUAAUGGCAAAAAAAUCUUACUUGCAAAAUGAACCCUACAUAAACAUUUUUUUUUCCUGUUUUAUUUAAAGGGUUUAUUUGAAUUGAGCAAUCACAUGGUUCGCACAGGCCAUGAAAAGUCCUUGAAUUUGAUGCCUACUCCUUGAAAACUACUUGAAUUUUGUAACAGUCAGAAACUACUUGAAAACUACUUGAAUUUAGGAAAAAACGUACAAAAGAUGGCAAAUAGUCCUUAAAUUCGUCUGGUGCGAAGUGAAAACGGACAAACAUUUUAAACGGACCAAAAUAAACUAAAAACGACAAAAAAACAAAACAACCGUUACCGUCAUUAGGGCCUGCCAGGGAAUCGGCGAUAGUACGGUACAGUACUGUACUUUACGGGUUUUAUGCUCUUUCAAGUAAUUUUCACAUUGUAAUUUAUCCGCGAUGCGUUAAAGGUAAAUCUCGUGUUACAUUGUUUAAUUUUGUCCUAAAUUGGAGGAUUUAAAUUGGUUAUUUCAUGUCUCAGCAACAGUGACAUUGCGCCCAUUUUAGUCCUUGAAAAUGGAUGAAAACUCCUUGAAUUUUUUUUGGGAAGGUCUGUAUGAACCAUGAAUCACUCGUUUGUCAGAUUUGUAAAAGAGUAAGCCAGUGUUCAGAAUUUUAGUGCGCAAUGUUUCUGAAAAGACAACAUGCAAACCAGUUGUAAGUAAUGUGCUUUGAAGAUGAGUGCUUUUUUAUUAUUUCUUUAACUUUGAAUUUGCAAAAAUUAGCCAGAAUAAAAAUUUGUCAGUUAAAAUUGGUGUCUAAAGCCAAGAAAUGUAUUUUCCAUAAAAAAAUAAAACUGGUCCACAGAAAAGUUUUACAUUCAGACAGGCUCAUUAUUAUCAAGAUGCAGAAUUUGAGAAUAGUUUAGUUUGAAUAAUGGAACUGAUCUGAAAGUUCCAGUGAGUCCUGCCAUGGGCCUUACAAAUACAUUUUUGUAUUCGGUAGCAAGGUUUCUUAAAAUUGAAUUUAUUUUGUCAGAUCAAAUAUGUAGUCUUCUUUUGUUCCUAUUAACUUACAAAUCCCCUAUGGGGUAGACAUGUAAAUAUAUGUAUUGAAUUAAUCACAAAAUGCAUUUAUUUUAGGACUAUGGCUGUGAUGUGAAAUCUUCUUUUACAAUAAUGGCCUCGUUCAAUUACUGAUACAUUUUGGUCAUGCGUAUAAAGACUUUAAUAGGGAGGAAGCAUAGUGACUAUGAUGAAAAUUUCACUUUGUGGCCGCUGUCCAACUACUAUGUUUUUACUGCUUUUACAGUGCAGAUAUAAAUUGUUAUGCCUCUUAAUAAAUUGUACAGUUUGUACACUCUUCAUGAAAAAGUACUGGAAAAAUUCGAAAAUUUAUUUAAUUAAUUUUGAUUGGUUGAAAAAAAGUACGGUAAACAUUUUGACACGUUUGCACCAGAAGUGACUAACUGCAUCGACAAAAAGAAGCAGGUAACUACUUUUUGUGCUAAUGUUAGUUAAUGAUAUGAUUGCUAAUGGAUAUGUCGGAAUGAGUGAAAGUGUACAUGUGAAUGUUACUUUUUGUGUUAUCAAAUUUUACACAGCUGUGUUAAUGUUAUGCCAUGCAAGUAUAAAUGGAUGCGGGGGCUCUGCAUAUAUACAGUCAGUGCCAGCUUUCAAGUUCUGUGUGCAGUGUGUACUUCAUAUUUAUUUUUCUGAACAAAAUUUUAAACGAUGCUAUGCUUAUUUUUUUAUAUUUGUGUAUGACUGAUUUUUCCUUUAGUAUAAAUGCACUAUCACAAAUUCUUGGAUGAGUAAUGGAUGUAAAAAAACAUUUCAUUUCAUUUGUUUCCUUUACAUCAUGCAUGUACAUCUUUCUGUCUCUUUGUCAAUUUGUUUUAGUACCUUACUUUCUCAAAUCUGCAUUUCGUCAUCUUUCUUCCUAUCUGUUCAUUUGUCAGAUCACUGGAUGCAUGUAUGUGUGUUAUGUUUAUAUCUAAUUCAUCAGACAUAAUGUCAAAAUUAUAUAUAAGUAAAUCGGGAUUUGUUAUGUUUGCAAUAUUCAUUAUUAUACCAAUUACUUUCAGAUAUGUCUUGAACAUUUUUCAUCCUUCAUUUCAAAAUUGUUGUCAGUUUGACAUUCCAGUUACAUUGUAAAGACUGCUAGGGUAGGGAGAUCAGGGAUUUCAGAGCUAUCUUUGUCUCACUGUGAUUUUAAAAACUAUGUGAGAAGUUAUAAGGAAAACUGAUACACAUGAGUAAACCUGUAUCAACUCCAGUGAAUCUAGAUUUCUUACAAAAUUUAAAAAAAAAAAAAAAAAAAAAAAAAAAAAAAAAAAAAAAAAAAAUUGUUGGAUUGACAACAAUUUUGGAACACAUGCAAGUAUGAAAUCUGAUGUUUUUUUCGCAAUUGACUUGUAUAAAUAUUGUCAAACAGAUUUGAAUAUGACUGGUUAUUUUGAGAAAAAUGAUCUGAUUUUAUUGUAUCAUUAGGCCUCACCAAACUAAAAAGUUGUUCAUCGGAUUUGCCGCUCGUAUAUUUUCAGAAACACAAAAAAAAUAAUUUUUUUUGUUUUUGGCUUGCGCUCGCCCCAUUGAAAAAAAUCAGUCCAAAAUUUUUUGGUGCGCUACUUUUUACGGACGUAAAAGUGUAUAAAUGCUUAUACUUCCAGUCCCAGAUUGUUCUCAAAUGGAUUUUAAUCAAAAUAAAUACAUACUACGCACACAUCGUCUAUAAUAAAUCAUAAUACUUAUAUUUAGUGUAAUUAAAGAUAUUUCGCCUUGAUGCAGUUACGCCAUUUUCAUCAAAUGUUUACCAAAUUACAUACUACAAAAAAUCGAUUUAUUUCAUUGAAACUGGAUGAAGAAAAACAUACUAAUUUGUUUGAUAACAUCAAUCUACAUUAUUUUGGUAAGGGUAAAUACUUAUUGAUGCAUGUCACUUAUCUGUUAUCUGUUUUUUUCCUGUCCAAAUGAUCAGCAUUUGCAUAUGAAAGUUGGUGGGGUAAGGGAUUUACAUUACGUGUUGUUCAGGACAGUUUUGAUUUUCAAAUUUUCCAAUCAUUUAGUAGACUAAUGUUAAUGCACGUUUAUCUCCAUUUCAGACUUUAAUUGAGACUUUGUUUCAACAAAUUUAAUAUGUUAUGAAAGUUUAAAGUUAGAAAAAAGAGCUGUACAUAAGACAUCAUGCUCGACUUUUCUAAAUCAGAGCUUUGCCAGUAAAAGGGGCAUAAUAGUCAGAAGCUAUUAAAGUACAGAGCUAUUGGUCAUUAUAUAAAACUUAAUUAAAAAUAUUCUAUGUUAAAAAGGGGCGUAACUCUGUCUAGAUUCAGACUUAGAGUAUUGUUUCUCCUGGUGUAGACUUUGACAGUAAAUAACUGUUCUAAGUUUCAAAUCAGAAGCUUUAAUAGAUCUAGCAACACUCACAUAGAUAUUUGAUGUAUCAAAAACUUUGUAAAGUCAGCUAAGAAUGCUACAUUUUCAUAGCAGUAAAUAUUCGAUUCGAUAUUUGAUUACAGUGUACUGUAUGACAAUGUUAUUACCUUUUUUCACGAGUUCGUGUUGUUGUGCGUCUGCGGGUUAGAUUUUCUCAAUCCCUGGGGACUUACUUUUUAAUUUAAAAGGGCUAUACAUUCUAUUUUAAGGUUUUUAUUAGUCAGUUGAGAGCCAAAUGAAGACAAAUAUAUUUCUUCGCUCUUCGCUCGCUCCUGAUUUUCUCAAAAACCAAAAAAAAUAUUUAAAUUAUUUUUUCGCUCGCUGCCUCAAAUUUUUCAGAAAAAAAUCCGAUGAACAACUUAUCAAUUUGGUGUGGCCUUAGUAUAAUUGUAAAUAAGUUUGUGUCAUAAAUUUUUAUGUUUUUGCUACUUUUGUUAAAAAAAAAGGGAAAGCAGACUUUUAUUAUUAUAUACUGUUCAGAAACAACGAAAUGAAACUGAAACUGAAUUAAGUUAGUUUCAAUUAUGUGUGUAGUCCUAUUAAAAAAAGCAACUUCUUUAAGAUCAGCCUUUGCCUUUGCCGUUGAUAUACCUGGUACAUUUAAUAUACCUAGUACAAAGUUAAUUUGUUUUAAGUAUUUGCUUCAUUUUUAGCUCGACUAUUCGAAGAAUAGUCUAGCUAUUCUACUCACCCUGGCGUCGGCGUCGGCGUCACACCUUGGUUAAGUUUUUGCAUGCAAGUACAUACAGCUAUCAUUUAAAGGCAUAUAGCUUUGAAACUUAUUUAUUCUUUUUCUAGGUCAAUUACCAACCUCACUGGGUCAAGUUCCAUAACUCUAACAUGUAUUUUGAGCAAAUUAUGCCCCCUUUUGGACUUAGAAAAUUCUGGUUAAAGUUUUACAUGCAAGUUACUAUCUCCAAAACUAAUGCAGAUAUUGAAUUGAAACUUCACAUGUGUCUUCGGGGUUAUAAAACUAGUUGAUAGCACCAAGUCCCAUAACUCUGACCUUCAUUUUGGCCAAAUUAUGCCCCCUUUGGACUUAGAAAAUUCUGGUUAAAGUUUUGCGUGCAAGUACAUACAGCUAUUACUAAAAGGCAUAUAGAUUUGAAACUUAUUUUUUCUUUUUCUAGAUCAAUUACCUACCUCACUGGGUCAAGUCCCAUAACUCUGGCAUGUAUUUUGGCCAAAUUAUGCCCCCUUUUGGACUUAGAAAAUUCUGGUUAAAGUUUUGCGUGCAAGUACAUACAGCUAUUACUAAAAGGCAUAUAGAUUUGAAACUUAUUUUUUCUUUUUCUAGAUCAAUUACCUACCUCACUGGGUCAGGUCCCAUAACUCUGGCAUGUAUUUUGGCCAAAUUAUGCCCCCUUUUGGACUUAGAAAAUUCUGGUUAAAGUUUUGCGUGCAAGUACAUACAGCUAUUACUAAAAGGCAUAUAGAUUUGGAACUUAUUUAUUCUUUUUCUAGAUCAAUUACCUACCUCACUGGGUCAAGUUCCAUAACUCUUAACAUGUAUUUUGAGCAAAUUAUGCCCCCUUUUGGACUUAGAAAAUUCUGGUUAAAGUUUUACAUGCAAGUUACUAUCCCCAAAACUAAUGCAGAUAUUGAAUUGAAACUUAACAUGUUUCUUCGGGGUUAUAAAACUAGUUGAUAGCAUCAAGUCCCAUAACUCUGAUAUGUCCCCUUUUGAACUUAAAACUCUUUUGAUAUUUAACAUUUUGGGUAAUAAUUUCCAGCUUCUGUGACAAUAUUUCGAAUAGUCGAGCUUGGCUGUCUUAUGGACAGCUCUUGUUAGUAUACGCCUGUGAAAUGGGACAUAUUAUUUGAUUUCUUGUAGCAGCAGGCAGGUGGCAUCUGCUAAAGAUGUCCGCAUUCUAAAUUAAGCAGUUGUUAUCCAUUGUUCACCAAACUGGGUCACAAUAUUUAUGGGCAUAACAUCUUGACUAAGUUCAGUAACCAUCCGGAUUGUCUUUGUGGUCCUGGGGUUAUGGUCCAUGAAUGAUGAAUGAUUGAAAAAAUUGACAGUCUGCUGUCUAAUUUGAGUAGUUCUUAUCAAAUGUUUACCCCAAAUUUAUAAUGUUUGUGGGUUUAUUAUCUUGACCAAGUUCAGUAACCAGUCAGGUAUCCUUUGUUGUUCUGGAGUUAUAGCCCUUGAAUCAUUCGAAAUUGAAGAAGUUGCCGAUGAUUGUGACAGUUUGGUACUUUUGAUUAGAAACACAUAAACAUAUACAAAAAAAUGAAAUGAGGCAAAACCUCGAAGUCGGAGGAAAUCAGAUUUAACAUGUUUUUAAAUUUUCACUUAAAAAUGUUUAAUUUAGUGUUAUCAUACCUAGUAGAGUGAAUAUCAUACAUUGCAAUAUUACAGGGAAGCUAAUGUCACAGUAACAUUGUUCACUAUUGGCCAAGUUUACUUUAGGAGUAUUCCAGUUUCUUCUAAACUUUAUGUUUAAUUGAAAAAGAAUGAAAUUAUUUUUUGCAAGUAACUGGAAACCUUUCGUAGGAUUUUUGAGUUUUGAAUAAGCAACCUGAUGAUGUGAUGUCUUCACUGCGGAGAAAAGACAUUCUCACCGACAGGUGGGCCUUAGUUUUAAAAACCAUCGCUAUACAUAUGUGAAAGUUUUCAGAAAGCUCGAGUCUUUAGCUCGCUAUAAGUCGGAGUCUAGAAAAGUCAGCUGGAUGUUUCCUGUUUAUGAUGAAAAGUCUUGUGUAUAAUUUUGAUUUCCUACCUUUAUAUUAAUCACAGUGCUAUAUUUGUAUAUAUGAAUUUUAAUUUGGCACUGAAACAUUUCAGUUGAUAAUAAGACUUGUGAAAAAUAGAUGUUUCAUUUAUCUCUUACUGACUUUGUAUACUGGAAAAUGACGUAGUCAAUGUGUAUAGUAUAUGUAUAUUAGUCACUGAUACCUGUUCUUUCAUGUGUACUGAAGACUUCUUGGAAUAAAGUUAUUGAAUCAUGA